AUCUGUUCAACGCCGCAUCCGUAGGCCUGCUUCAGCGCCGAGAAACAGCCUACAUCUAGGGGCUGGAGUAGAUGCGAUGAAUGCGCAGGCAUACAGAGGACGACUAUCUGAUGAUCCAGGCAGAUCUGAUCGAAUUCGGGAUUGACGUGGCUGCCGUGACCAUCUAGCACUAGCAGCCGAUGCGUGCCAACAGUGCGAUCCUUUGUAUACUUCAGAUCAGCAUUACAUUCCCGAAGCGCAGAGCAACAAUGCCAGUCACAUCCAAGCUCGUCACGGCAGCGCCCUCAAACGCUCGUGCCGCAACCACUUCUCCGAGUAGCCCAAGCCAACCGCUUUCUCGCCAUGGGGAAUCAGAGCAGCUUGCUGCCUUUGAAUUGGUUGCACUCUUCAAGGAUAUGCUGAAGAUAUCACAAGCGGCGCAGGAAGUACCGCCUCCUUCUGAGGUUCAAGUGAUUGAAGAGAAAAAGCAACCUAGAACCAGAGCUUCCAAGGUUGAGUUCAAGCUAGUGAAUGAGAUGUAUGCCCCCAAAACUGAAAUAAAAUGUGUACAAGCUAACAAAGUCCCUUGUACAGCUGGGACACUUGAAAGGAAUGAGCUUAACGUCUUUCAGAGGAUUGGGAAUAUUCAUUUUGGAAAUAGAGAGAUGGGCGUUCAGCUUAUUAUCUGAAGUUAAUAGACUCCUAAGAUGUCCUCAGCAGCCUGUAAGACUUGAUGGGAAAAGGAAAUCGAGAUGGACGGACUAAGGACAUUAAUCUGAGGACGAGAUUUGGAGAGUUUACGCGA